AUGUACCUCUUGGGCACCUCUGACGACUGCCUUUCCUCUUCACGCAAGGCAUGCCAACCGCUGGGUGGGUGGUCGGUAUGGGCAACAACAGGUGACUCCUCGUGGUCUUGGAGCGAUGCACGCCACUCCUUCGAACGCAAAACCGCGAAGGGGGCUGUAGCCCUGAUGGUACCUCUAACAACAGCCUCCUUUGGCCACCUACCAACACCGGGCGCGGACUCCCCAGCGAGCGGGAUAACAUCUGCACUAGCAAUAACGGAAGCAAUCAAGCGGCAGGCUCGGAACGUUGAGGUGUCUGUUUUUUUUCUUGUUGGUGAAUACACUGGCAGCAUUGGCAGUUCACGUUUUAUUCAGGACGCAUCUUCGACUCUUGCAUGUGAGGUGUUUGGUGUGGAAUCAUGUCUAAAGCUAGCAUACAAAUCUAAUCUGAACUUUACGUCCGUAAACUUCUCGAACUUUGACGCUAUUGUGGCUCUUGAUCAGCUAUCCUAUUCUGAUUCACCACUUUAUUUUCAUGUUGAUCAGAGGAUCGACCAAGCAUCGAACAUUGCACUUAAGUCUGCAAAAAAACUUCUCUGCAACAUGCAAAUUCAGAAAUCGAAAACAAAUUUCCUUUAUUCCUCCCCUGCCACCACUUAUAUCGAUUUUCUCGAGGCGAACAAUCUUCUUUCAGGAGUGAACAAAACCAUCGUUACUUUUUCUCGCUACGACGAAUUUUAUAACAAUCCUCAUGUGUUUACGCCUUCCGAUACGCCAUCGACAAAUAGGCAACUGAAUGUGGAAAGCAUUAUUGAGGCGUCCAAUGUCGUCCUCCGAAUGAUACUGAGCAGUGAUGCAGAGGUCAAGGUUGACAAUGACCUGCUUCAGAAGCUAUGGUAUUGUUUUUCUGUAAAUUUCAGCUGUGAUUUUUUAAAUGUUUCCCUGAACUUGUCGUCUUCUACACCGUCUUAUGCGACCAAUAAGUUUGAGGAAUCCUACAGUGACGUGACUGUGAUGGUCGGUACAGCACUUUCAAAAAUAGGAAUGCGCCCCGCCUACACCGCCGCUAUUUCACCGCAGCUUAAAAUCGGUGAAAAAUGGGGACCACCGUGGGAGCGGAGUGAGCGUGUAGACUAUUUCAAUAGUUCACGAUAUACCCUUUUUGUGAGUAGCUUAUUUAACAAGGGCAACGGUGCGCGAACCGUAAUGCUGACAACAGCUUCCGUUGGUACUUUUACAUUAUUUACUGGAACCUUUUUGUGCGGUCUUCUGUUGUUUGCAGCGUUUCAUUUGUAA